AUGGGCACGGGCGCGCUCGCGGUGGCGGCGCCGGCGCCGGACCGGGCCAACAAGCAGCGCCGGGCCGGCGGCGCCCACCUGUGGAAGAAGGCGCUGCUCCACUUCUCCCUCUGCUUCGUCAUGGGCUUCUUCACGGGCUUCGCGCCCUCCUCCUCCUCCUCCUGGAAGGCCGACACCACCCCCCACCCGCUGCACCGCCCCGGGGACCGCCUCGCCGCCUCCCGCGUCGCCAUCGACGCGCGCGCCUCCCUCCUGCCGUCGCCGCCCGCGGCCGCCGGCGACGCGCUCUCUGCCGCCGCUGCCGGCGGUGGCGGGGCCACGGUGGACGUGGGCGACGACGACGAGGAUGGCGCCGCCGGCCAGCGCCGGCUCCUGAUCGUGGUCACCACCACGCGGUCGGGCCCCGGGGAGCGCCGGCGCCGCCGGGGCGAGCUGCUGCGCCUGGCCCACACGCUCCGCCUCGUCCCCCCGCCCGUCGUCUGGGUCGUCGUCGAGCCCGCCGCCGACGGGCCCGCCACCGCCGAGGUGCUCCGCGGCACGGGCGUCAUGUACAGGCACCUCGCCUUUAAGCCCGAGGAAAAUUUCACCACCGCCGAAGCCGAGGCGCACGCGCAGCGGAACGCCGCGCUCGCGCACGUCGAGAAGCACCGGCUCGCCGGCGUCCUGCACUUCGCCGACGCCGCCGGCGUCUACGACGUCGGAUUCUUCGACCAGAUCCGACAGAUCGAGGCGUUUGGCACAUGGCCUGUGGCAACAAUGUCGGCAGCCGAGAAGAAAGUGGUAGUGGAGGGUCCACUAUGCAGUGCCUCAAAAGUCGUCGGUUGGUUCUCAAGGGACUUUAACGAUGGGACCACCCGUUCAGUGACGUAUAACAUGGAAGCUGACUUGAAUCCUGCUGGUGCUGCUGGUACACGAGCCCACACGAUUGACGUCUCAGGUUUCGCGUUCAACAGUUCAAUUUUGUGGGAUCCUGAGCGGUGGGGACGGCCAACAUCUUUACCAGAUACUUCACAGGACUCCAUCAAGUUUGUGCAAGAAGUGGUACUUGAGGACCGAGCUAAGCUGAAGGGGAUCCCCUCUGAUUGCUCCCAGAUCAUGGUGUGGCAGUAUAGCAUGCCCAGCUCACAAUAG